CUUGAUGCUUGGCUAUUACAAGUUAAAGGCAAAAGAGAACCGCUUCACACCUCGUUCGCCUUCAAAUUUUAGAGAGCUGCGUUGUCGUUCGCUCUCUCCUUUCGGGCCUCGGUUAUUUCUUGAUUCCAAGAGGUAUAUAACUUGACGAAAGAUGUACACCUUGGCUUUAUUCGUUUUGUGGUGUCGCUUCGGAGCGGCAGAUGCUCUCCAGGAGCCUCAGAUCUGCUAUGUGCUCGAUGCCAUCCUCUUUCUCUAUGGGAUUGUUCUAACUGUGCUCUACUGCAGGCUUAAGAUCAUUCAGAGCAGAUCAGCAAAGACUGCCUCCUCAUCUGAGAAACAAGCUGAAGGAAUCUAUACGGGCUUGACACCUCGCAACCAGGACACCUAUGAGACGCUCAAUCUUCAGAAACAAUAGGAGAAAUGUGUACUGAUUUGCCUUUUGAAAAUUGGUCUUAGCCUUUGCCCUUAAUCUGCCCAAGUGACGGGUCUAGCACCACUCCAACUCCCACCAUCACAUGUUUUAAGACUGUGCAACCUAAUGUAUAACCACCCACUGCCUGCUGUUUAAAGCCAUGCUGCUGCUGUGGCCGACAUCAUUUGCACACCACUUCGCUGCAUCCUGUCUGGUAUCCGAGUGCUGAUCUGUAGAUGAGCUGGCAUCUCAACCAUUCUCAAGUUUAAUGUAGACCUUGGCUUGUAGGUACCAGGGAGGGGGGACGUUCAGGCGCUGAGACACCUGCUAAAUGACAGUCACAUUCAAGAACGUCUGCACAAAUGAAAAUGUCACUCAUUGAAUUGGAGAACCAAAUGCCAAGGGAGUUUAGGCUAUUCUUACUAAGCAUGUAACACUUAACUGCCCAUCAUGCUACAAUACAAUUUCAGUUAUAAUUGGCUGUAUAAAUGUGGCAUUAACAGAAAAUUAAUGCUAAAAAGUCAUAUAAUGGGAAAAACAAGCAUCCUCCAUAAAUAUAGUGUCCAGACCUGGGUUCAAAUUCAGCCUCCUGGUAUUAAGGCAGCAAACCUGAACAUUGAACCCUCAGAUAAAUAAAUCCAGAUAUAAAGAAUUGUAAUGUGCCCAAAUCUUGUACGACCACUUGAAUGAAUAUGCUCCCCAAGUGUACAAUGAUAAACAAGACUUUAGCAGCAUUCUUCUUGCAUUUUACUGCCCCCUGCAAAUGUCUAUUAUGCAUAACAACAGAUGAUUUUGGCUAUUUACAAGAGCAAUGAGAGCAUCCAUCUAGUAAGUGAAUGCAAAAUGUAAAAUAGGAAGAGAAGAGUGAUGGAAGCCGUCAUGUUUAUUGAAUUUUGCUGGGUUUUUUAAAUACUUAUUUUGCAUCAUUAUUACUAUUAUUAAAAUGUAUUUUUCAAACA